UUGAAUUGAAAGAAGAAAAAAGUGAGAAUAACUUUUUUCGUACACUUUUCCCCUACCUAUCUUCUUUUUUUAACACGAUCAACUCGAGCGUGAUCUGAUCACGACCGCGCCCUCCAUGUAUUUCUAAACUUUUUUAUUGCCUUGUUCUCUUGUUCUCUCUCUUUCUUUCUUUUCUUGUUUAAUUCCGCUCGUAAAGUCAAACCAAGUCAAAUGUCAUGUCACAACCCUAUUCUUUUAUCCCCUCGACGAUGCCUGGUCCGAUAUCAUGCGCUACUUGAAAACCAACGCAUCCACGCAAUCCACCAAAAGACCAUCCUUCACACUACAUGUUCCCGAAGCCAUUACUUCCAACACCACCACGAACCUAUCUGCCACCUUGCUCUCCACCAUUGGCUCCACACCCGUUCUCAAAAACCGCCGCAAACAAAAGCAACAAAAUCACUAUCAUCACACUACAAGCACAACCAAUGACAGUACUGCCAUCACUCCUGAUGUUGCUGAGCCUCACGCAUGGGCAAUUGAAAAACUGCGCAUUUUGUCAACCACAGAGUCACCAGAUUUCACCCAGCUCUCGCAAAUAUGGCAGCUUCCCAACCCGCAACUUUCCAACCUACUAUGCUUCUCCGGCCACCUACUCACUUUCCUUCUCCAAUGCAGUGCUUCGUCCUUGGCGCAAUUCAUCAAAACUAUUGUUGUUAAUCCUGACAUAAGUAUGGAAAACCAGCAAUUGCUUUUACGGUAUGUCGCCGAGAAGAGCUCUAUGUUUAGUGCCAGAAAUGGCAACAGCAAUGGCAAUGGUAAUAAUGAAGAAGAGGAGGAGGCUAUUCCAGCUAUACUUCAGAGCCAAAUCAUAGCACUGGUCCCUAUUUACUCUCACGUUGUUGUUUCCGGCCUGCUGCUUCCCCUGACGGAGAACCCCGCGGGGAUGCCCUCGUCGACCACAUCCAUGGUCGUUAAGAUCGUAAAAGCGGAUAUGCCGCAUACUGCUACAGAGUCGUUUUGUCGAGGAAUCGCCCUGUGGGCUAACGAUAAACAAAGGCCGGCAGAGUCCCUAGGCGAUAAUGUCUUUCAGGUAAUGGAGACCCUGCUGGGCACAAUCCCUGGAGAUCAACCGUCCAUAUCGGCGUGGUCCAAGGGGUGGAUUGAGAUCUUGCAGCGCGCUGCUUCUGCCCAUGCGGAGUCCAAAAAGCUCGGCGCGGUAAUACUCCAUUUUGUCAAUAAAUUCGGCAGUCGCAUGAACAACCCCGACCUGGACCUAAUCGCCACCGCUGCCAACAUCCUGACAACACCACUGAAACGAGCAAUCAUCUCGACAGUCGCUCGCAAGCUGAAGAAAAAGUGAUAUACGAAGUAAAUAAGAAUAAUAAUAGAACAUUUUAAA